AUGCCGUCUCGUCCCCUCAAAUUGUCGGACAAAGCCGCCCUGCCAUUCAAGACUGCAAACAAGCAGCGCAGACAAGAACUCCAUCUGAAGCAGAAGCGGGCACGAGAUGCACUGAAACGAGCCGAGCGGUUCGGGCGCAAGAAGGAAGAGGCAAAGAACCCAAAAUUAAAAGCAGAAAGGCUGCAGAGAAAUGUCCCCGCCACGCUCGACCGGAAACGUGUUUACGAUGAAGUCGAGCAAGAGCCUGAAGAUGGUGGACUAGGCAAAGUGUAUGAUGUUGAAAGGCUGAAGAGGCGGAAGUUGGAAGAGGAGCAGGAUCUCCUCGAAGACGAUAUCCAAGAUGAGGAAGCAGGUGAUAAUGACGACGAAGACGACAAGGAUUCUAUGCUCGACUCCGACUCGGAUGUACAGCACGAAGACGAAAAGGGCUCACUGUCCGACAGUGAGACAGAGACAGCCGAAGACCCUCUCCCAUCCAAAGCACAACUGAAAUCCAGCACAAUGCGCUCCCAAAACCAACCACACAGAUCCAGCUCACCCACGCGCUCUACAACCUCAACGAACCUCUCCCUCGCACCCGCUGCCCUGGCCGCGAAAUUCCCAACACUGUUCCCCUCCACAGAUGACGACGGCGGCGACACACCUGCACCACCAGAGCCCAAGAUCCUCAUAACCACCUCCAUCAACUCAACCCUGCACUCCGAAGCCGCGAUGCUGACCUCCCUCUUCCCGAACUCGAAAUAUAUCCGCCGGUCGUCCCACCGGUACGGCUACAAAUUCAGCGUGCGCGAGAUCUCUCAGUUCGCCGCCAAACACGGCUACACCUCGGUCAUCGUGCUUGAAGAAUCCCAAAAGAAGCCCUCCGGCAUGACGAUCGUGCACCUGCCGGUGGGCCCGACCUUCCACUUCAGCAUCUCGAACUGGUACACCAGCAAAUCCAUCCCGGGCCACGGGCGCGCGACAGGCCACAUCCCAGAGCUGAUCCUGAACAACUUCACCACGCCCUUGGGCCUGCUGACCGCGCACCUCUUCCGCUCGCUGUUCCCCGCCACUCCGGAUCUGCAGGGCCGCCAGGUGCUGACCCUGCAUAACCAGCGCGACUACAUUUUCCUGCGGCGGCAUCGCUAUGUUUUUCGUGAGAAGCGUGAGACUGAGAAGGCCGUGGUCGGCGCGGAUGGCAGGGAGAUCCAGGGCGCUGUGAAGGGCAUCCGCGCGGGCUUGCAGGAGCUGGGCCCCAGGUUGACGCUCAAGUUGCGCAGGGUCGAUAAGGGCAUCCAGCGCGCCAGCGGCCAAGAUUGGGAGUGGAAGAGUCGCAUGGAGAUGGUGAGGACGAAGUUCCAGCUUUGA